GAGCUGCGUGUGCCACUGCACUCCAGCCUGGGUGACAGAGUUGAGAUUCCAUCUCAAAAAAAAAAAAAAGAAGUUGAGAGCAAAGACUUCACCUUCUCAGUAUUUUUGUGUACCAACUCACACUGUUUUGAAUGGAAGAACUGAGAAUGGGGGUGGAAGAGAAUGGGGGUGGGAUCUUUUUCCCUUAAGACACCUCGGGAGUCCCAGAGCGGUGCACAUUCUCAUCACCAUCGUUUCAGUGGAGCACUUGACUGUGCCUCUUGUCCCUCACCCUGAACUCCAGACUGGUCAUGGAAGAGAAUCAUCCUUAGUAGAAGCCAGAUUGGAGCUCAGCCGGUUUUCUUUUUACACCUCCUUCCUAUCUGCAUAUAAUUUACAAAAAGGAAUUCUACCAGGCUGACUUCCUUAUAAUGCUGCAGAGAUUAGCUAAUGAGGAGGAUAUGGCAAAAAAAGUGGUCGUAGUAAAAAAUGGAGGGAGUUACUGAUGCUGCCUCCUGUCAGCCAGUGCAGUGAGCUCAGACAUUCCAUUGAAAAGGAUUAUAGCAGCCUUUGUGACAAGCAACCGAUAGGAAGACUUCUCUUCAGGCAGUUCUGUGAUACCAGAGCCACCCUAAAGAGGCGCAUUGAAUUCUUGGAUGCAGUGGCAGAAUAUGAAGUGGCAGAUGAUGAGAACCGAAGUGAUUGUGGACUGUCAGUCUUCAACAGUUUCUUCAAUGAUAAGUUGGCAGCCCCUUUGCCAGAAAUACCUCCAGAUGUUGUGAGAAAAUGUAGAUUGGGACUGAAGGAGGAGAACCCUUCCAAAAAAGUCUUUGAGGAAUGUACUAGAAUUGCCCAUAACUACUUAAGAGGGAAACCAUUUGAAGAAUACCAAGAAAGCUCACAUUUUUCUCAGUUUUUACAAUGGAAAUGGCUGGAAAGGCGACCUGUAACCAAGAACACAUUUAGACAUUACAGAGUUCUAGGAAAAGGCGGAUUUGGAGAGGUUUGUGCCUGUCAAGUGCGAGCCACGGGAAAAAUGUAUGCCUGUAAAAAGCUACAGAAAAAAAGAAUAAAGAAAAGGAAAGGUGAAGCUCUGGCUCUAAACGAAAAAAGGAUUCUGGAGAAAGUGCAAAGUCGAUUCGUGGUUAGUCUAGCCUACGCUUAUGAAACCAAAGAUGCCUUGUGCUUGGUGCUCACCAUUAUGAAUGGAGGGGAUUUGAAGUUUCACAUUUACAACCUGGGCAAUCCCGGCUUUGAUGAGCAGAGAGCUGUUUUCUAUGCUGCAGAGCUGUGUUGCGGCUUGGAAGAUUUACAGAGGGAAAGAAUUGUAUACAGAGACUUAAAGCCUGAGAAUAUUCUCCUUGAUGAUCGCGGACACAUCCGGAUUUCGGACCUCGGUUUGGCCCUGGAGAUCCCAGAAGGGCAGAUGGUUCGAGGAAGAGUUGGAACGGUCGGCUACAUGGCACCUGAAGUUGUCAGUAAUGAAAAGUAUACAUUUAGUCCCGAUUGGUGGGGACUUGGCUGUCUGAUCUAUGAGAUGAUUCAGGGACAUUCUCCAUUCAGAAAAUUCCAGGAGAAGGUCAAACGGGAGGAGGUCGAUCAAAGAAUCAAGAACGAUACUGAGGAGUAUUCCGAGAAGUUUUCGGAAGAUGCCAAGUCUAUCUGCAGGAUGUUACUCACCAAGAAUCCAAGCAAGCGUCUGGGCUGCAGGGGCGAGGGAGCAGCAGGGGUGAAGCAGCACCCCGUGUUCAAAGAUAUCAACUUCAGCAGGCUGGAGGCAAACAUGCUGGAACCCCCUUUCUGUCCUGAUCCACGUGCCGUUUACUGCAAGGACGUCCUGGAGAUCGAGCAGUUCUCUACGGUGAAAGGGGUCUGCCUGGACGCCACAGACGACGAGUUCUACGCUCAGUUUGCCACAGGGUGUGUCUCCAUCCCCUGGCAGAAUGAGAUGAUCGAAUCUGGGUGUUUCAGAGACAUCAACAAAAGUGAAAGUGAGGAAGCUUUGUCAUUAGAUCUAAAAGAGGACACACAUACCCCGGUUUCCAGACCAAAGAGAGGCUUCUUCUGUAGACUCUUCAGAAGAGGGGGCUGCCUGACCGUGGUCUCCAGUGAGAAGGAAGUGGCACCCAAGCGACACUGACCAUCCCUGUGCAGACCACAGAGCAGACCCUGGCACCUGGAAGGAGCACGUGUUAGCAUCUUGUCCCAACUGGAAUUGUAAUAAACACAUCUAAAUCAAACGUGCCUUAGGAGUGUA